GCUUCUCUGUCCACGGUCAUCGCUGGCCAGGACAACACCUUCAUCGUUCACACCCGGGACGCCGAAGACAACCCGAGGUCCACGGACACGACCUCGGCGAUCACGGGCUACAUGGGCUCCACCCUCGCAGUGCCGCUGUCCUUCAGCUAUCUCGGAGGUGGCAACUACACGGCCACCAUCAACCCGGGCUGGCCAACCUCCGUGGCGCCCGAGUAUGGCCGCUACCAGCUCUGGGACACCAUCCAGCAGGUGACCUUCUUCGUGAACACCGUGGCUUGUCUGCAGGCAGUGAUGAAGUUCCACGGCGUUGGGGACCCCGACAAGACCCCGGCAGAGGCAACCGCACUGCAGAUGGGAAGGGAUCUCCUGGCGACGGUGAUCGGCAUGGGAGUGGCGACGCCGGCCUUCACGGACCGCUACCGCUCGGCUCCACGGAGCUUUCGGAUGUCCGCGGAGGUGGUGAAUGCCGUGGGGCACUUCGUGGAGAUCUUGGCCGCCAUCUUCUCCGGGAUCGUCGCUUUCCUCUACCUGGGACCUGCCCUGUGCCUGGUGGCGGGGACGAUGUCGGGGGCUGUGCGGUCGGUGAUCUUGCAGCACUUCGCCAAGGGAGGCCGCCUGCCUCCAGGACGGGACCCGGACUUCGGCGACAUAUCGCUGAAAGAGAGCAACCAGGACCGGGGCGGCAAGAUUUUUGGCCUCUUCAUUGGCAUGGGCCUUCUGCUCGGGGCCAUUGGCAUCGGCAGCGGUGCAGAGGCCGAGCAAGAAUCACUGGAAGCCAGCUUGCGGUGGUUCGCCGUCCUCUCCGUCGUCCACCUGCUUGGCAACGUCCAGGCCGUGCGGCAGCUUGACAUCGCGACCCCGGGAGAGGCGCCGCAGCCCGCGACUUUGGGGGAGGCGAAGCCGGGCGGCUUCUUGCGCCAGAUGUUCCUCCCCAAGGGCUUUCCCAGCACCGUGGUGGCGUCCUACGGCCGGUUUCGGGCCUGGGCGCUGCUGCAGGUUCUCAUCGGCUACCCCAAGCAGGUUGUCAUAAACAUGCUCUUUUGGGGCCAAGUCUACGGCGUGGGCAAUGCCCAAAGCUCGCCCGUCACAGCCGUGCUGAUCGACAUCUUCAUGACUACGAUUGACUGCGUCAUGGGUCUUCUCUUGGGCCUCCCCGCUGUGACACAAAGCUUGGACUACAGCAAGAAGCGCUGGUUCAUCUACUCCGGGGUGUUGGGUCGCUGCUCGGAGUUCGUUCAGCUGGCAGCGGCCCUGGCGCCUUCCAGAUGGUUCUUCCCCAUCAUCGUGCUGGCCCGCAGCCUUGCGGCCUUCAGCGGAACGAGCGGCAGCCGAGUGGGAGGCGCCAUCCCACCGGCUUUCAUGAGGAAGGAGAAGGCCGAUCGCAAGGAGAUCGAACUGAUCCACGUGAACGUGGCCAACGGAAACCAGGACAAGCUGGUGUCCGUCCCUUCGGGCGUCCUUUCCAUUUCCUUCCUCUACUAUUUGGUCUUCUCGGGCUGGCACCCCAGCUUGAGCUGGCAGAUAGCGGCCUACUGCGCUUUGCAGGGGUUGAGCUUCUGCAGCCUGUGUGGUUGCUUCCGCAACCUCCCACCACUGCCAGGGGAGGCCUUGCAAGAGCCCUUGGUGGGGCGCAAGGUGUCAGACGUCGUCUGGGAGGAGCAGAACGACAUGGACUCCGAGGUCCUGAAUUCCUACAGCGGCCCCGCCUCCAACCCGCCUGCACUGGUCCGGCCGCACCCUGCGCCCCGCGCCCUCUUUUGCUUCUGCUCGGACGAUCGCAUCGACAUCGUGGGCUCCCCCUUCACCACACGAGUGGAGCCGGGCCCCACGAGUGCCGUCCGCGCCCCAGUGCACAGCCUGAUCACUGGGACCGGCCUGCAGUUUGCAGAAGCCGGCGUGGAGGGUGUCUUCUACGUGACCCUACGCGAUGCGCAGCUCAAUCACAGGCCUCCGCUUUCCUCCAUGCGAGAUGUCUGGGAUGAGUAUGAGUACGGCCUGCGGAGCAUCGCCUCGCAGGGGCACCUCCAUUGGAGUGACGCUGGACGACAGCCGGAUGAACUGCGCAGAUCAGGGCCUCGGCGUGUACCGCUGCUCCUAUUUGAUCACGCAGGCCAGGGCCGCGGGUGCCCUCUCUCUGCUACUAAACGCCCAGCGAGAGAGGCCCAGACCUUCAACGUGGUCCUGCGGGUGAACGGCCAGCCGGUGAAUCCCGUGGCUCCACACACCUUUCCGCUCGUGAUCAACCCGAAGCCGAUCGACUCCACAGCCGGGGUCAACUACAUCUAUGCGUUCACCACCUUCUUCCCCGAGAUUCGAAAAAGCACAGACAACAGCGUGAUCUUCCAAGUACGAGACGAGUUUGGAAACGAUGUGCCAGAUGAGGGCAACAACUUCAUGAUCUGCGAAGCCGAUGGUCCCGAGCAGCGGACGCCCCCCUUCCGUCCGCCGCUGGACAUUGUGAGGCACGGUGCUGGGCUUUUCCGAGUGAACCUGAAGCUGGACACCACGGGCCUUCACAAGGUGUACUGCUACGCUUUGAACAAGGGGGGCAUCAAUGCCCGGUACUUCAACAACCGCUGGGUGGAGGGUGUCCCGGCCAUCUCACAGGUUGACACGGCCAUCGAUUUCAACUGGGGUGAGGGUCUGGUGACUGCGGAAUCCUCCGACUACGCCUCUGCGCAGUUCGACGGAUACCUGCAAGUCCUCACGCCCGGGAACUACACCUUCUACAUCACGGCUGACGACGGUGCCAAGAUGUGGAUGGACGACGAGCUGAUCCUGAGCCAAGACGAAGCCGGCCAGUUCCAGACCCGGCCGAUCUUGCUGACCGGGGACAGGCUCUACCACAUCCAGGUGAUGUACUACGAGCGCACGGGCUUUGCAAGGAUGCGCCUGGAGUGGUCCUCGGACCAGGGCCUGGUGCGGGAGGUGAUCGGCAAGGACAGCUGGUUCCACUCCCGGAGCAGGCUGGGGCUCUUUCCCCAGCAAGUCCUGGUCUACGACAAGCCAGGA